ACUAAUGACGUAACAGUUUAUGCGACAGGUGAAGGUCGGAAGACAAACCUUCCCAACGUGUUUAUCCAUCUACAGUACUACUCUCUGAUCAAUCUCAUUCCCCCCGAGAGACGGAUAUAAUAAAACCCAGAUCCGAUGCGGUUGUUAAGUGGAGCGGUGUUGCGGGCCACGAUGAGACACCGCUGUCGCUACUUUUCUGUGGCACAAAACAACUGGAACGCCAGAAAAGGUCUGGUACUCGUUUACGAGAGUGAGAAGGAGGACGACUCUCUCCAUCUAACUGAAUCAGCAGCUGGUGUCGACAGAGUUCUGUCUGGUAAACUGACUGAGCUGCUAAAGAUAUCAGGACCAGGUCUGAAGAAAGGGAAGAGCAGAGUAUUCUACGGUCUUCAUGAGGACUUCCCAUGCAUAGCAGUAGUCGGUCUAGGGAGGAACUCUCUGGGUGUGUGUGGAACAGAGUACUGGGACACCUGUAAGGAGAACAUCAGGGCUGCUAUAGCAGGAGGCUGUAGGGUUCUCCAGAACCAUGUGUUGACCCAUAUAGAGGUGGAUGGGUGUAAUGACAGCCAGUCAGCAGCAGAGGGAGCUGUUCUUGGGCUGUUUACUUACGAUGACCUGAAAACCAAGAAGAAGACCAGAGUCACCACACAGCUGCAUGGCAGUGGAUGUGUGUCUGGCUGGGAGAAGGGCGUGUUGUACGGAGAGGGGCAGAACCUGGCCCGUUACCUGAUGGAAGCUCCAGCCAAUCAUGUCACUCCGUCAGUCUUCGCUGACACCAUCACAAACAGACUGGCUCCCUACGCCGACCACGUCACCGUCCAUAAGAGGUCUCAAGAGUGGAUAGAGGAGCAGCAGAUGGGAGCGUUCCUCAGUGUUUCUAAAGGCUCAGAGGAACCGCCUGUCUUCCUGGAGCUACACUACAACGGUUGUCCUGACAACGCACAGUGUCCUCUACUGCUGGUGGGCAAGGGCAUCACCUUUGACAGUGGUGGGAUCAGUCUAAAGCCUCCGUCAGGUAUGGACGCGAUGAGGGCUGAUAUGGGAGGAGCCGCCACGGUGUGUUCCGCCAUCGUCACGGCAGCAGCCCUCAACCUGCCAAUCAACAUCAUAGGUCUAGCACCUCUCUGUGAGAACAUGCCCAGUGGAAAAGCCAACAAGCCUGGAGAUGUCGUCACCGCCAAGAACGGCAAAACCAUACAGGUGGACAACACGGACGCAGAGGGACGGUUGAUCCUAGCAGAUGCUCUCUGUUACGCUCACAGCUUCAACCCCAGGGCCAUCGUCAACGCUGCUACCCUCACUGGAGCGAUGGAUGUUGCUCUGGGUUCAGCAGCGACAGGAGUCUUCACCAACUCUGAUUGGCUCUGGGAACAGCUUCACAAGGCCAGUGUGGUAACAGGAGACAGGGUAUGGAGGAUGCCGUUGUUUCAACAUUACACCAGACAGGUCACUGACUGCCAGCUGGCUGACCUCAACAACGUCGGCAAAUACAGCCGUUCUGGCGGAGCCUGCACGGCGGCAGCGUUUCUGAGGGAGUUUGUGACGGCUCCUCAUUGGGCGCACCUGGACAUAGCCGGGGUGAUGACCAAUAAGGACGAGGUUCCCUACCUGAAGAAAGGAAUGUCUGGGAGACCGACACGAACACUGGUAGAGUUCGCUGCUGGACUGGCCAACCAAGCCUGAAGACACACACCACACCUACACACACUGAGCUGGCUGGAGAAGGAUUAUUCUGUAGAGACAGAGACACUGGUACUGUGUAGAGUUACAGACUGCUUCCCAAAUAGCACCUUAUUCCCUCCCCAUAGGAGUCUGGUCUAAAGUAGUGAACUAUAUAGGGAAUAGGAUGCUAUUUGGGAUGUAUCCUGAGUCAUCUGGUAGUAGCCUGCUGUGCAUCGAGAGGGUUGAAGAGGACAUUUCCACCCCAGUGCCCCAGCACAUGUAACUAAUUCCCUCACUAGGCUAGUUUAUAGCCUACAUACGUAUUCAUUGAGAAACUGAAUUUAUGUAAAUUGACAAGGUAUAUCGUAUCCUACCCUACCAUACAAAAGCAGUUUGCAGUCA